CCCUCACUGACGUCAUUAGAGCGCGACGGUCCUCGGUUUGUGUCGGCUGAUGAACUAUCAGCUGCAGCGAUUGUGUUUUGGUUUUUGUUUUGCUCCACCAUGUGCAUUUAUCAUGAGGUAAGACACACGACAGCGUCAGUCUGUUCGUCAUUUCUGUUCAGGUGUCGCCGGCAGCACAGCUUCGCCUCAUUUUUUAAACAGUACUAGCCCGUUAGCUCACAGCUAGCGCCAUUGCAAGAUCAGCACCUAAUGUAUGCGGAAUGCGCAACCAUUGCGGAUGUGGUGCAGAUAAAAUUGCGCAUCGAUGCGACAGAAUACAGGAGUCAGAAUCACAGAGAAAAAGAAAAUGUCUGUAUGAAAUGCUACAGGGUUGUAAGCAGUGUUGUGUUGUGUUCUUGUAUUUCAGCUCUAAAGGCGAAUCUCUGUCUGGAAGAGGACUCACAGUUUGACAGCUGACGAGCUGAUUUAGCUCUGAUAUGAUCUGCCUUAUACCUAACAUUUUUCUAUUUCCUUUAGCAAGAAACUACAAAUAUACGUGAGAAUGAUAGUAGAGAGUAAAUGGCUACAGCAGCUCGCCACAAAAGCCAUUGGACUUUAUUUAAUUCCCAUAGAAUAAGAUUGUACCCCUCACCGAGAAACUGGGAUGUCUUGAUUCAUCGUAAAAGUUGUGUAAAAAACAGUAAAUUAGUGUACUUUAACUCAGUACAGCGCAUGAAAACACCCCAUAUUAUGCGUGGCAGCACUUCAUAAACAGGUGUAUUUAUUUUUAAUGUAACAACCGAGAGUCGAAAUGUGUUUAACAGCAGGUUCAGUCAAACUUUGAGCCUGUGUUGAUGGGGCAGCAGCUGUCAGUAUCAGAAUUGGCCCAGCAGUCAGUUCUGCUGUGAAUCAGGUCUGACCCAUGACUGAGUACUACGAGGAGGGGGGGCUGCUGUAUGAGCAAUCACCUCCCAUGCACAUCAAAGUGGAGUCUCCGGAGGGACCCUUUGGAGGGGGAGCCUCAGAAAACGGCUUCCCCAGAGAGGAUGAGGACUCUGAAGGCAGCUGUGACCAAAACAGCGGAUUACCUGGGGGCCUCCCUUUCAACGUGGUAGUGGUGCAUCCAAACAUCAUGGCACCUGGCAUGUCCUCAGAUGACCUCUUGUCAAUUGAACAAAGUAAGCCUGAUAAUCUUAAGACUAUGUUGGUACAGGAUGGGGCAUUUCCCUGUUUGCCUUUAUAUUUAUGCUCAGUAUUUGCCUUUGAAAUGGAAGUAUGAUUUUGAUAUGUAGAUGUUCAUUUGAGAUAAAACAAUCUGUAGUGUUAGAUUCGGCAAAGUCUUUGCAGACAUUACAACAUUUUAUAAGUGCAAACAUCCAUCCAACAUUGCUAUAAGACAUAAAGGAGGAUUGCCCUGCACAGCACAGAUCUUAACGUUGGUGCUGGUGGUGUCAGGAAAAAAGUUCCUACAAAGAAAAGAGUUCCACCGCACACAACGUGGUCAGAAUGUAAACUUAUUUGUUGGUUAAAAGAACAACGUGUUUCGCCUCACAGGCUUCAUUAGGCUUGCCAAGCCUAAGGUGAAACGCGUUGUUCUUUUAACCAAUAAAUACGUUUACAUUCUGACCACGUUGUGUGCGGUGGAACUCUUUUCUUUUUAUGGCUAUUAGAUAAUUUAGCUGAGAUGAAGAUGAAUUUUGCCAUUGAUGUGCCAUGCCUUGUCAGAAGUAGUAGCCAUCGUUAAUGUGUGUUGGCUUGGCACAGUUUAUAUAAUUCUGACCCCACUGAGGCACAUUUCUCUCCUUUGUAUUAUUUCUUACCUUUUGCUUAAUAUUUUCUUUGCUUGGGCUGUCCCAUCAUUUCUUUUUUCUCUGCAGACAGAGCCAUGUCAGCUGCUUUGGCUGCUGGCGGUGCAGGAAAAAGAAAAAGCCGAUUCAGUGGAGCAGAGCUAGAGGUGUUGGUGUCAGAAGUCACUCGGUGUGAAGGAGAACUCUUUGGUCCAGCAGGGAGGCUCAGACGCCGGGAGAGAGAGCGCAUCUGGGCAGGAAUCCUAGAAAGAGUCAAUGCUGUUUCAAGAGUCCCACGUACCCUUAGAGAGGUGAAGAAGCGCUGGGACGACUUGAAGAGACGCAACGGUGGCAGGCUAGCAGAUGCUCGUCACCGCAGUUGUUACCUGCCGUCCAGCAGAGGGGCCUCAAUGCUUGGCCGCCCUUCCCAGACAAGCCCCAGGCUUCAGCAUGCCAGACAAAAACAAAGCACUAGACCAAAGCCCAGUUUCCCGUGCUUCCCUGACUCUGAUACAGGCAAGUUUUCUGGUCUGAUUGUGCAACUAUCACUCUUUAUAGAUUUUACAGCUUUAACUUAUAAAUACUUGCUUUUAACAGUUGUAGGAGUGGAGGGACCAGAAAGAGAUGGCUUGGAGAAAGAUGAGGACAAUCCUGAGCGUGACAUGGGGGAACCUGAGUGCGAACCUGUAGAGAACAGCAUGGAGGACAAAUUGGGAUUAGGACUGGGUCUGGGCAUUGGACCACCUCCUUCUUCAGAACGAUGGCUGCCUCCUUCACCUCUCUACAGUGCUCCUUUCCUUAAUGGCAGCCCCCAGCCUAGCAGUCCCCAGCCAUCACUUGGAGCACAGCAGGGUCCCCUUGAAGUCCCUCCACGCAGUUCUUGGCUUGAAGAUGAGCUACGAGGCUUAGGAGAGGCAGCAAUUCAACUGGGAAAUAGGGUAGAAAAGAGUUUGCGGGAGUUUGGGGACAGUUUCAGACAGGACAUGAGAACACUUGUUGCUUCACAAGAGGCAUUAGCAGUCAGUCUGCAACAAAACAAUGUCCUCUUGCAAAGGCUGUUAGGAGUGCUUGAGGCCCAGCAACAACCACAGCCACAGCAACAUCGUGUACAACAAGCACACCAAACACCGCCAUCUCAACAGCAUUUACAGUCACAGCCGGCUCAGCAGCAGCAGCAGCUACAACACAUUGAACCACAGCAGCAGCAACAACAGCAAAUAGAAGAACCACUGCAAACACAGCUACAACAUGCUCAGCAGCAGCCAGUGACGGCCCAGCAUUCAAAUAAUCAGUUGACGGUAGCAGUAGUGCCUGCAUCAUCGUCCCCUGACGUGCAUGGCACUUUUCCCUCCGAUCCACCCACAGACACAAAUGUACAAAGGCCAAGGCGAGGAAGAGCUGUCGAUCACAGGCGCAGAAGACGGCGCUGAAGUUCGCUUACUUUCAUGGACUUUAUGUAUAUUUAAUGUUUGAAAAUGUGACAGGAAGUUAUGCUUUAUUUCUUUUGAAAUAAUUUCUAUAAGAAAUAAACAGUGUCAUCUGGGGCGUUACAUAACACUCCAAACCAGUAAUUCAUCUCGCUAUCAAGUAUGUCUUCAGAGAGGACUGAAGUAGAUAAGAAGAUUAGACAUGACAUAAUAGGGUGGCCUUAACAUAAGCUUGGUUUCUAGACAUGUAUUAUUGUGCUUAAUAACUUUAUGAAAAACAAGUUGCUCAAUGGACUGCACUUAAGAUUUUAGUGCUCAGAGAACACCAAAUUGUAGGUGCUGAUGUGUCAUAUGCAUGCCACUGUACAAACUUAGCAGCAGAGCUAUGAAGCUCAUAACCCUCUCUUUCAGAUUUGUCUCAAUUUUCCUGACACACUAACAACAUCAUCCUAAGGUACCUGUACUUUGCAGUUGUUACCGUAUAUAGUGGUUAUACAGCUAUUGUAAUUACCUGCUUAUGUAUGCUUGUGCUUUUUAACAGAUUCAUGGAACUUUUUUUUCCAGCUGUAGUUGGACAAUAAAGUAAGACUGUGUUCUGUUCAUGGUGUCUUGAGAAAAAAAAAUAUACAUUUGAAAAAAUAAAAGCUGUUUUUUGGUGGUCUGUAAAAUGAACAAUCUUCAGGCACAAAUAUAAGCACAGUCUUCAGACUUAAACUCUUAUGCUACAUACACAAGUAGACUAAGGCUGUUUGUCAUGAACUUGCAUGCUGUAAGAUGGAUGUGUUAGGAGAUAAAUGCAAAGCAAAAAGCAUAUGGCAACUAUCAAAGUAGUUUUGCACAAGUUAUAUUUUGUAGAUAACUACUGCUCCAGUGAAAUGUUACUAAACCUUAAUAAAAUAAGACAUGAAAUGUAAAUAAA